CUGCAAAUAGGUUUGAGAUGGAAGGGAAGGGAGCAAAGGAGAGAAGGGAGUAAGGAAUACUUGACACUUCAUUGGCUUGGCUACUGGACUGAGCAGAACAAGAUUCUCGACUAAGAAAUUCUGAAUCCUGGGAAAAUUCUUCAUGGUAGAAGAUAUCUUCCAGUGGGUCUGGAAAAUAAGGAUUUGUUAACGUGUGGGGUGCACAGCCUGGGAGUCUCUGGGACCCCAAGAGACAGGAAACCUGUGACUAAGCACAGAAACAUUAAGGCUGCAAAACAUUUCCAAGAUUGCCAAGUCCAACCCUCGAUUGAUCAGCACCUUGUCAACCAGAGCAGAGCACUCAGUGCUACUUUCAGCUGUUUCUUGCACACCUCCACGGAUGGUGACUCCACCACCAUGCCAGUGCUUGACAACCCUUUCAGGGAAGAAAUCCUUGCUGAUGUCCAACGUGAACCUCCCCUGGUGCUGCCUGAGGCUGUAAACGAUGCUGUCCUCUGCAGUGUGUUGCUGUCCAGUGCGCUUACAGGCACCCUGGCUGCGUCUGCAUUGGAGUGAUGUGAAAACAUGCUUUCUGGCUCCUAAAACAUUUUUGUUCAGGAUCGGAAGUAAAGCAAAUUGUCAGAAUCCUGUGUUGUCACUGCAUCGCCUUGCCUGCUUGAAAGCCAUUUUGCCAUGGAGAGCUGACACAAAGCUGGGCUCAGCAGAGAGCACGGAGUGCGUGCUGUGACAGCACAGCACAGCCUUCAGACACUUCACAGUGAGUGAGGGAUCACACCCUGCCCUUCCCCACAAUGCAAAACCCUUCACAUACCCUGUUUAUUCCCCUGAAAACCCAGCACCUGUAGCUUUCUAGCACCCACUGGUGACCUGUCAGCUGUCCCCCGUGCUGGGGGCUGUGCCAACACAAAGGCCUGGGCUGUGUGCGGGUGCCCAGCUCUGCUCUGCUCCUCGGCCCGGGGGCUCCUGGCAGAGCUGCUGUCCGGAGAUGCUUUAAAGGGCUGAGCUAGAGCUGCCUGGAAUUCCUGGCGGCACCUAGGGCAGAUGUUCUGUGAGGACACUCGGAGCUAAAUCCAUUUCCGGCUCCACGAAAGCUCCCGCACGAAUUUCCACUGGAGGAAGGCUGUCUGAUGUCGGAACAAUUUUAAGCUAGCCCGUUGUUCAAUGUUGUUUUUCGGCUAAAAUGUCUUCCGCCUCUGGAGCAACACCUGGCGAUGGGCUGUCACCGCGUGUACCUGCGGAAAGCCUCCACAGAUACUGGCAGCAUCACCCCGCUUACCCCCGGGCCUCGGCCUUUCUCCCCGGGAAGGAAAACCAGCACCCUGGGCGUUCUGGGGCGAGCCCGGGCUACCCUGCAUGACCGAUUUCACCACGCGACCCGCCAGCCGGUCCGGCGGCAGGGCACGGAGCCAGCCCCGGCCAGCGGCGGCCUCGGCCGCGGCGGGAGCCCCGCGCUGCGCUCAGGGGCGGCCCCGGCCCCGCGGGGCCCGUUCGCUGCGGCCGGGGGAGGGGCCUCGGCCGCCGUCCAUUGUGCGGCUUCUGGCGCGGUCCCGCCGCUGCCUGGGAAACCCUGCAGCGGCCGCUCCUUCGCCUCGAGCUCGUUCCGGCUCCGCUCCCGCUCCGCACCCCGCGGAAGGCGGCGCGGGCCCCGGACGGUACCGCCCGGGAGCCGCGGGGGCGCGUUUCGCUCAGGCGUUCGCGGCGGGCAGCCCGGGCGUUGCGAGGCGGCGAGGGGCGGGUCCUUCCCCCCUCCCCCGCUCGGUAUAAGAGCGCCGCCGCAGUCGGGCCCGAGCGCCGCCGCCGCCUCCUCACGGUCCGUCCGCGGAGCCGCCGCCGCCUCACGGUGA